GUGACGCCAUUUUCGAUUCGUUUCUUUAAUGGCGCGGCUUAUACCUACCUACUGCUCUAGAGAAAUCGAGUGAACUAUUCUUCAACAACUUCCACUAGGUAUUUCCAAAAAUUACCUUGUAACAUCACAUAUUCUUACAGCGUGAAAAAUGGGGAAAGGUAAGAAGAAAGAUAAAAAGAAGGGUGCAUCAGCAGAAAAAGAGGAGCCUAUGCCAGCUCUAGAUACAUUGUCUAUAAGUGAGGCUUCAACAUCUAGGGAAACUUCUGCUCCUCCAGAGGCUGUUGCGCCAAUUCCAGAAACUCCUAAGGAACCAGUGAAAGCACCGGAGAAGGAAGACGAUGAUGAAGGAGGCUUAGGUUUGGGGAAACGCAGGAACAAACCACGUAAGAAGAAGUCACAAGUUGCUGGACAGCACCCACCAGCAGCUACCGGUCCAGCACCUGCUGCGCUAUCUCCCACCGACGCAGUGACUGCUCCUGCUCCGCCAACGGCCUGGGGUGCUGGAAGAGGUCGCGGACAACAACCGCAAAGUCCGCCGGGUUAUCAACAGGCUGGACCGCCGGUUAUUCAACAGUCUGGACCAUCGGGUUAUCAACAAGCUGGUCCGCCGGGUUAUCAACAGGCUGGACCGCCGGUUAUUCAACAGUCUGGACCGUCGGGUUAUCAACAAGCUGGUCCGCCGGGUUAUCAACAGGCUGGACCGCCGGUUAUUCAACAGGCUGGACCUUCCGGUUAUCAACAAGCUGGACCGCCGGGUUAUCGACAGGCUGGACCGCAGGCUGUGGGACCAUUUGCCCCGCCAGGGUUCCAACCAGGGUACCCUGGUUUUGAACAACCUGGACGCCCACGGCAACCUGGACCUGCGAGGCUUCCGAGUCCUCAGCCAGCCGCGGCGCCGACUUUCCCAGGGUUACCAGCUCAAUCUCGGCAACCUGCCCUUCCGUCGCCGUCUGGGUUCCCGCGGAUGUCGGAGCCUCGAGGCCGUGGUGUAGGGCGUGGACAGGCUCCGAUGGCUCGACCACAAGCUCCAGGCGCGGGGCCAAGCCAACCAACACCAUCAGCUGCUCAGCGGGCCCCAGCUCCAUCACAACAGCAGCUUGUCGCCGCUGGUGACAGAUUCAGAAUACCUCACAAGAUCCCUGGUAACGGAGUGCGUUACAUAUCGACUAAGCUGAUCACCAACUACUUGCCGAUGACUAUAAAACCAUUGAAAGUACACCGUUACGACGUGUCAUUUAAACCGGAUCGCCCUAAGAAAAUGAUACCGUUAGCGUUCAAAAUAGCGAAGCAAAAGAACUUCCCUAAUCACGUGAUUGCAUUUGAUCAGAUGAAGAAUUGUUACGCUUUGCAACCUCUUCCAAAUGUCCCACAGGUGGACCGGUUGAACAUUCCUGUGGAGUUUUUGGAUAAUAAUGGAAAAACGAUGAAUUUCGAAGUGUCUUUCAAAGCGACAGGUAUCGUCGAUUUGUCCACAAUAAUGAACUACAUGAAAACUGGCGGCACAUCGUUAAACCCUCCGACGGAAGCUAUACAGUGCGUUGACGUCAUCCUAAGACAGGGCACGCUCGAGAGCUACAUUAAGGCUGGUCGCCAAUUUUUCAAACGGCCUACCAAUCCGAUUAACCUGGGAGAUGGCCUUGAAAUGUGGACCGGUCUGUUCCAAUCCGCAAUAUUUACUUCUUCAGCAUUCGUCAAUAUUGAUGUGGCUCAUAAGGGUUUCCCAAAGCAACAGCCCUUGAUUGAUGCUGUGGUGAAAGACUUCAGACUGGACCCUUAUAAUCCAAUAAAAACCCAGAGAGGUCGUGGCGUGGAGAAUUUCCAACUUUUCGUGAAAGGAUUACGGGUUAUGGCUACAGUCGGUGGCGACACAACGAAGAAAGGCCAGAAACGCGAGUUCAUUUGUAAUGAACUCGUCGACCCUCCAAAUAAGUUGAAGUUCAUUAUGACAGAUCCUAAUGGCAAGCAAAUAGAGAUGACUGUUGCGGACUACUUCCUCAAGAUAAAGAAUAUCAGACUGCGCUACCCCAACCAAAAUUGCAUGUCUGUUGGCCCUCGAGACAGAAACAUCUAUUAUCCGUUGGAAUUGCUUGAAGUGUCGUAUGGCCAAGCUCAGAACAAGCAAUUGAACGAUAUGCAAUUAUCGACGAUGGUGAAGGAAGCCGCUACACCGCCAAACGAACGGAAGAGGAAAAUUGAGGAAGUUAUUUCCGACAUGAACUAUUCAAGGAAUCCAGACUUCAAACAUUUCGGUUUGGAGAUAGGACAGAACUUUGUCCAAGUCGACGCUAAAGUGUUGACACCUCCUGUUCUGGACGUCGGGGGAAACCCAGUCAGACCCUCGAGGGGCGCGUGGCAAGCUAAUCGCCUUCUAAAACCCGAAGCUCUGUCUUCGUGGGGGCUGAUUGCGAUCGAAUUGGACGUACACGCCUCUAAUGGACAACAAAUUUUGAACCUCAUGAGAAACGUUGGAGGGGAACUGGGAAUGUCAGUGUCUGAACCGCAAGUGUCUAUGUACAACGUUCAUAUGAGAGAUCUCCAGAACGUUCUGGAGAAUUUCAGCAGGAAGGCAAGGUUCCUCAUCAUAAUAGUCCCGACUAGAGGACGCGAUUACUAUCACAAGGUGAAGCAAAUGGCAGAGAUACAUGUUGGUAUACUAACGCAGUGUAUCAAGGAAGCCACGGCAUCUCGUCGAAUGAACCCACAGACAGUUCGCAAUAUCCUGCUUAAGGUGAACUCAAAGUUGAUGGGGAUCAACCAGGCGUUGGAUAAACAGAGUAUUCCGCGAUGUAUCGCUGAGGGUGGUGUGAUGGUCGUAGGCGCCGAUGUUACGCAUCCCUCUCCUGAUCAGACGUCGGUGCCAAGUAUUGCAGCAGUUACAGCGUCGAUAGACCCAAAAUGCUUCAUAUACAACAUCCAACUCAGUAUCCAGACUCCAAAGAAGGAGAUGAUCGUUGAGUUUGAAGAUAUGAUGGUGGAACAUCUGAGGGUAUAUGCGAAGACCCAGGGAGGGUACCCUAGGAAGAUCUACGUCUUCCGCGACGGUGUUUCAGAGGGACAAUUUGCUCAGGUGAUGAACAGUGAAUUGCAAGCAGUCCACAAGGCUUACCAAAGGCUGAAUGGGCCCCAGCGGAAACCUGAAGUACUAUUCCUACUAGUACAAAAACGACAUCAUACUAGAUUCUUCAACCCUGACUCUCGAAAGGCGGCGUAUAACGUGGAGCCAGGCACUGUGGUCGACACCCACAUAGUUCACGCCCGGGAACUGGACUUCUACCUGGUGUCCCACCAAGCCAUCAAGGGCACGGCGCGUCCGACGCGCUACCACGCAGUAUGCAAUGACGGCCGCAUCCCUGACGACGAAGUGGAACAGCUGACCUUCUACCUGUGCCACCUGUACUCGCGCUGCAUGCGCUCCGUGUCCUACCCCACUCCGACCUACUACGCGCAUCUGGCCUGCUUACGGGCUAGGUCGCUCACUCAUGGCGAAAAAUUCAACAAUGAGGACCUUGAGCAGAAUCCACGUCGGCUGAAGGUUUUGGAUAGAAUGCUAGAGUUCAGUCGCAUGUUCUUCGUGUAAACAGUUUACACUACUAGAGCACUGUGACCAAUCACGCUCGGACGCGACUGGAGAUGCCUUUAUAAGUAUAUCCUUCAUAAAAAUGCUAUUAGAAGACGUACUCAAAUAAAUUGAAAGGCUUUUGUGUUUUAAGUUGUAAUCCAGUCUAUAAGACUGCUAGCCAAAAAUAUUUCACCUUACUCCUGCCAUGACGUUUAUGCCCUGAACGCUUAGCCAAAAUUCUUCCAAAAAAAAAAAUACGGGAUUUCUAUUUUCAUUCUAUUCUAAAAAAAAAACAACGUAAAAACAUUUUAUCUGAAGCCCCCAGUGAAUAAGGACUCGCGCCUACUGCGAAAUGUUCCAUUCCCAUUUCGAAAAUUUCGAAGUUGAAACUCCGGGGUUUCCUUUCUUGGUCUUCCAGUACAUUCUUGCCAAUGUUACUGGAUGAAUUGUUAUACAGGAGUCUUCCGGUUCGGACCUGAGGAAGAUGUAUACUUGCUUCAAUACUUUUCCUCUAUUUUAAUUUUAUAUUUACGAAUAUUUAUCCAGUACAAUUGUGUAUUGUUUCAUUUUAUUGUUUCAGUUAAUCAUAGUAGACAUUAUUUGUAGUUAAGAUUUUCUACAAUUGUUGAUUCAUAUUUUUUUUUUUUUUUUACGAAUUAAAUAUUGUUUCGACUUUCGUCUCCAGUAGUAGUCGAGCGUUGUUUGGUUCUAUGCUCUAUGUAUAAUUUUUUGCAAGGUACAGGAGUAAAUGUGACUUGCAACAAUUUAAUUACUUUAUAUACAUAUUAUACAUAUUUCUAACUCUUCCUCAUAACUACCGCUUUUUAAGUAUUUGUUUUCUAUUACUCUAAAAUCUAAAUUGAUAUUAUGUUAAAGAAUUUGGUUUUUUAAGACGACAUUUUUUUUUAGUUCCUAAAUGACUUUUUUGUGUUAACGUAUCGUUAGGUAAUACUAUUUGAUUUUGUAUUAAUUUUAAUUAAGUACUUGUAAAUAGCAUGUUGAAAAAACAUCAAUGUCAAAUAAAUCAAUGAAAAAUGUAAAAAAAAUGUAAAACUGAAAAUAAAAGAAAAUCCACAGAUUUCGUCUUGUGAAGAAAAAAUAAACGACAAUUGUAAUCGUAGUCGUUCGUAAUUAGCUGAAAAUAUUUAUAAAGAAUGUUAUGGUGCAUAUAAACUAGAGCAAUAAGUUGUUGCGAAGUGGAGGAAUAAAUAGCGAAGAUUCUAAUGUAUUUCCAGCCAGUAGUUAACGUCAUUUAGUCAAAUAAAAAACUAAAGUAUUUAGUUACAUACAUAGCAUCACGACUGUAUCCCCCGAAGGGUAAGUAGAGGUGUAUAGUUACACACCUACUCCACGCCGCUAUGUUUAAGUCCCGUGUAAUAGGGGGCCAGCCUAUAUUAACUGAACACAAGUCCUGGAAACCACGCCACGUGAUAUCAAUUAUCUAUUAUCCAAAUAUGAAUUAAUUCAAUGGUCACCCUGUGUAAGUCACGCGUUUUCUGAAUAGGGGACUUAGUUUUGAACCGCUCGCCAUCAUUUACGUGCGAAAGUAUAUACCUGUCUCAUCUUGCAAAUGAAAGUUCUAAUGCGCUACGUGAAACGGGUAAUUCAAAAGUAAGGCCCCAGGGCUAUCAUGGAUUUUAGGUAUAUAUACUCUUAGGUUAAGGUAUCUAUACAGGUUGUUAGUGACAUCGUACCGAAUAUUAAGGGGGUGAUUCAGACCAUGAUUCUGAGUUAAUUCAAGUGGAAUUUGCUCUCUCGAAAUUCUUGUCUUUUUUAUAUUUUCAAUUCUAUAUUUUGCGAUGAUUAACUCAAAAUCAUGAGCUGAAACAUCCCCCUCAGUAUUCGUUACGAUACGCACAGGUAGCCGUACAAGUACGUAUGGUUGUUAGUGACACAGUAACGAAAACUUUGGGGGAUUAUUCAUUCCAUAAUAAAUUCUGAGUUUAAUGAAUUUCCUAUCGGAAAAUUCAUUAAAUUGUUAGUGUUUACUUUUCUAUUAUUUUCAGUUUGAUACUUUUGCGACGAAAAAUUCCACUUGAUGUCAACUCAGAAUCGUGAUCCGAAUCAUCCCACGAAGUUUUCGUUACGAUGUCACUAACACCCUGUUUAUUGUGUGGGUCUCGUUGUCUGAUAUAAAUAAAUUAAAAAUAUUCUGUUAAUGCCAUCGGAGGCAAAUCGACAAUAAAUCCAAAAUAAUUAUUUUGUGCCAAAAAACGUUGUUACAAAUAAUUGCUCUAGUUUCUAUGCACCAUUAGGAUACGAUACCGUCGCGAGUUGAUCAUUUUUUUGGCAGAUUUUAUUUCGAAUUUUGUUUUUUAACAUAAUCAAAUACUUUUAUUAU